AUGGAUGGAGAUAGAAAGAGUAUGGAAACUAAAACGAAAACACGCGGCUUUUCACGAAGAAUAAGUAGGAGAAAUAUGGUGAUUACGCAUGAAGCUUUAGACCACUUGAUUUACAAGUUUGAAGACAAGGUUCAAACGCCAAAGCUGUAUGCCAGACACAAGCUGCGGCAUACUGGUGGAGAAUGA